UUAUUUAGGGUUUAAAUCUGUUAACUCUGUUUUUAACUCUGUUAAAUUCUGUUACAUUGCAUUUAAUUUUAUUUAAUUAAAAUGCAUUUAUCAAUGUUUCCUCGCCUCCGGAGGAUGAAAUUGAAGGUUCGUGUGUUUUAUGUGGCUUUGUGGACCACAUUCGUGCUUCUGUUCGUCCGAGUCGAAUUCAGAUACCAUUUAAACGAUGUCAUCGAUUUAUCUGCACCGGCUUGCGCGUGCAUGAGCUGCGUAAUGGACUCUCAGAAGGAUCCGUGGUUCAGAGAACACUACGACGGCCGGGUGCCAAAACUUAUGAACAGGGCCAACAGCAAUCUCAGCGCGCUAACAUAUAACUGGUGGAAGAAGCUGCAAGGGUUCCGAGCAGGGAACCUUGGUGAUGUGGUAGAACCUCUGUUCUCACUGUUCCCUGAUGAGGAACAUUACAUGGACUCCAGUCCUGACCGCUGUCGAACCUGUGCUGUGGUCGGCAACUCGGCCAACCUGCUCAGAUCCCAUUAUGGUGCUAUAAUAGAUGCUCAUAACUUUGUCUUCAGGAUGAACAACGCACCGACUAAAGGCUAUGAGUCAGACGUCGGAGCAAAGACCACGCACAGAGCGAUGUAUCCCGAGAGCGCUGUAGACCUGGACAACUCCACCCAUCUAGUGCUGAUGCCUUUUAAAUUGCUGGAUCUACAGUGGCUCAUUAGUGCUUUCACCAAUAAGAACAUCACAAGAACAUAUAAGAAAGUGAAGGCUACAAUAAAAGCAAACAGAGACAAGGUGAUGAUCGUCAAUCCUGAGUUUAUUAGAUACGUUUAUGAAAGAUGGUUGAAGAAACAAGGGAAAUAUCCAUCUACUGGCUUUAUCAUGCUCAUGUUGGCUCUGCACAUCUGUGACCAGGUGAAUGUAUUCGGAUUCGGGGCGGGGCCAAAUGGACGAUGGUACCAUUACUUUGACCACUGGCAUCAUCCGCUCGCUAACUCAGGUGUACACAAAGGGGGAGUUGAAUAUGACACCAUCCUGAAACUUGAGCAGCAUCAGAUGAUCAAAAUGUUUAAAGGAUGGUGAACUUUUGCAUUGAGUACCAGGGCCUGUAUUCAUAAAGAGUCUGAUAAUGUCUAAACAAUCUCAGAGAGCUCCUAAUUUAGCUUAAAAAUCCUAAUUAGGAAUCUUAAGAGAGUGAUUCAGGACCAGAGCAACUCUGAACAAAGAAAAAACAACUUUAAUCUUCGAGAGGGGGCGGAGCUUAACCUGUUACUAGGUGACACAUUCUUUUGAAAACUUUUGGUUGUCUAACAAAAACAUAGAAGCACUUUUAAAAUCUGCUCUAUUAUAAACCUACACUUUGUCUCUAUGUUCAGAUAUUUGAGGUUAUAUCGUGUAGGGAUUACGUUGGUGACCGAUCGUAUUAGAGAUGUUCUAACAUGUAAUAUGUUAUAAAUGUAAAUGUAAACAUCUCUGACACAGAGCAGAAAAGUCAUAGAGACAAAUUAUAUCAUUUCUGCCUCUGUGGCAUUUCUGCUCUGUGUCAGAGACUUUAGAGUAUCUUUAAAUGACAUAGUGGCAGAACAUAGUGGUAAGCGUGUGUGUGUGUGUCUGCAUGUGCGUGUCUGCAUGUGUGUGUCUGCAUGUGUGUGUCUGCAUGUGUGUGCGUGUGUGUGUGCGUGUAUGUGUGUGUGCGUGCGUGUGCAUUUCUGUUCUGUUUUGGAGAUGAGAUGUUAUCUCUAAUAUUAUUGGUCACAAAAAUAAUCCCUACACGAUCUGAUCUGUAUCAUUUUAUUAACUCUAUCAUUAUUAAAUAUUAAACACAACACAUUUCUUCUCCCUCUUCACCUUUCAGUCAUUUUCU